UUUUUUUAUUUUUUUUUUUUUUUUGGUAGCUUUCGAUUCUUCUUUCAUCAAAAAUCGUUAUUCAAUUCAUGGCUUCAGAAUCGGUUAACUUGGUACUUCAAGCAUUGUCUUCGUUAUAUGGAUCGAAUAAUCGUGAUGCUACAAGAGAGGCAUCACGCUGGUUGGAAAGUUUUCAAAAAAAGUCAGAAGCUUGGACAGUAGCUGAUUAUCUUUUGAGAGCGCCCGAGUCGAAUACAGAGACUCGUCUGUUUGCUGCUCAAACCCUUAAGCAAAAGAUUACUUAUGAUUUACGUGAAUUGGAUGUGGAAGCACGCUUACAGCUACGCGAUUCACUUAUUGGGACUUUGCAAAAAUCAAUGACAACUUCGGGAGCAGUACGAGUACAAUUAUGCCUAGCUGUUGUGGAUCUAGCUAUCCAAUUAUUGCAGUGGAAGACAGUGGUGAAAGAUUUUGUUGAUUCGUUUGGCAAGACACCACUGUGUUUGCUUGAACUGUUAAAAAUUCUACCUGAAGAGAUGAAUGGAAAUACACGAUUGCCAUUGAGUGAUGCUGAAUACAAAACGAGAGUAGAAGAAUUAAUCAGUGAGAACGCUCAAGAAGUAUUGAAUUUAUUACUUAUGUAUAUGCAAUCAAGUGAAAAUAACGUGGAUAUGCAAGAAAAAAUAUUCAGUUGCUUAUGUAGCUGGAUUCGUACUGGAGAGUUGGAUAUCAAGGCACUCAGCAACACACCACUCAUGAAUUUGUCUUUCCAAGCUUUGGAAUCACCUGAAUUAUUUGAUACAGCAGUCGAGGUUGUCUCUGAAAUAAUCUAUGAAACGAGAGAUGUCAUUGAAUGUAGAUCGAUUAUCGAACAAAUAUACCCUUUUUUCAGCAAUUUAUUAUUGAAAUUGCCGGAAUUAAUUGAUGAGGAAGAUGAUGAUACCGUAAGGGGCUACUGUCGGAUUUUUGUGGAAGCAGGCGAAUCCUAUAUCAAUCUGAUAGGUGCUCAUCCAGAAAUGUUCUCUACUUUGGUGGAAGGCAUUUUGAAAUGCUCAGCUUAUAAAAAUUUAGAUAUAGUCCCUAUGACAUUCAAAUUCUGGUACGAGCUUACGAAUUUACUGGAAACAGAGACGUACCGUGCGUCUACGCCUCAAUUCUUGAAGUAUUAUGAUGUGCUAGUGGAUGUGAUGAUUGAGCACUUACGUUAUCCAGACGAUUUGGAAUCAAUGACAGCAGAGGAACGGGACGAUUUCCGCGAUUUCCGACAUAAAAUGGGCGAUACAUUGAAAGACUGCUGUCGCAUAUUGACACCGCAGCGAUGCCUUAUCAAACCUAUGAACCUAUUAACCAGCUUAUUGAAUAAUCCGGCAUCAACAUGGCAGCAAAUAGAAGCGCCGAUCUUUUCAUUGCGUGUCAUGGGUUCGGAAGUUCCCAAGAACGAAGAAGAAGUGAUGCCUCAUAUUAUGGAAUUUUUAUCGCAAUUACCGGAUCAUCCCAAAAUUCGCUAUGCUGCGACGCUUGUUAUUUCACGAUAUUCUUUUUGGACAGAGCUCCAUCCGCGAUACAUCACCUACCAGCUUAACUUUAUUUCUGCGGGCUUUCAGAAUGAAGAAGUGGCAGCAGCUAGUGCAUUGGCUUUGAAACAUCUAUGCAAAGAUUGUCGUGAGCAUAUGGUCGACUUCAUUGCUCAAUUGCAUAGCUUCUAUUUGAACGUUGUCAAAUCCCUACCUUUUAGAGAUAUUUUAGAAGUUACGGAAGCUGUCUCACACGUCAUUGCUGUGAUCUCGCCAAAUGAAGUCUUGAAAGCGUUACAAAUGUUUUGCUUGCCCGUUGCCCAACAACUGCACGGCAUUGUUUCGAAAGGGAAGAACGUUGUCAGUGAACAGGAAUGUGUUAAAAUUGGAGAUCUUUUGGAGCAAAUAAGUGUCUUUUUUGACAUUAUCAAACCUCAAGUUCCUCUAGGACAGCCUCAUCCUUGUAUUUCCUUCAUUAGCGAAUUAUGGCCGAUGUUCGAUGAGACACUAUUGAACUUUGGCGAGCUUCCUACGGUUUCCGAGCCACUCUGUAAAUGUUUCAAUAGCUUCAUUAUCUCUUACGGAGCCCAUCUCGUAUCAUUGCUUCCUCAAUUAAUGGAGCGCCUUGUCAAUGCGUUCGCCAACACGGGUUUAAGUGCCUAUCUUUGGGUUUCAAUGAAAUUAGUGAGUGAAUUUGCCAGGUGCGAUGGUGAACAACCAUGUCUUGACUUUGUAAAAAGGCAGAGCCAGUCUAUGUUUUCUGUGUUGCAGAAAAAUCAAAUCAACGAUAUUCCUGAUGUCGUCGAAGAAUAUUUCCGUCUGAUUACAGCGUUCUUAGAUAAUGCGCCUGCUACACUUGUACAAGACCCUUUAAUGGCAACCAUAUUUCAGGCAGGCAUUGCAGUCUUGUCUAUUACAGAACCGCAUGCACUAGGUGCUACAUUAACAUUCCACCGUAAAUUAUUGCAAGUUUCUGAUAGACUGCCUGUCAUUACUGCACUUUUUCAGCAAUAUGGCGCCAGUUUUACAGCAGUUCUCUUUGAUGGUUUAGUCGAUUUUUACUAUCAAGAUUCGAUUCCUGACGUAGCAGCUUUAUUCAAAUCUCUAGCAGAACUUUUACCAAAGGAAUCAGCAGAAUGGAUGAUGAAUGUGGUGAAUAACAUUCCAGAAGAAUAUCUCUCCGUAGAAAGCAAAUCAGAUUUCCUUGCCAAUUAUACAAGUGCAAUCAAUGGGCAGCACUGGAUCAAGGUUCGCAGGAUCUUGUCCGAUUUUGUGACGGUCUAUAGGAGACGAAAUGCCAAUAAAAUCAGAGCGUAAUUUAUGAAUAAAAUAAAAAAAUGUCGAAUUGCCCAGUUUUUCAGUUGACGGAAAGCGAAUUUUUGCAACCAUAACUGACAUCCAACGUUUCUACAAACGUAUCACUCUUGAAAUUUUUUUUGAACUCCUGAAUUUUCCUUUCUUAUCUCCUUUUGAAAAAAAGGAUCGUCUUUUCUUUUGUGUUUGCAAGCCCUUUUUUCUUUUUUAUUUUUUAUUUUUUUAUUUUUUUAUUU